AGGGGAUUUGAAAUUGGGUCUCGUCAGAAAUUCCGUGUCUGUACGAGCAAGUAGCACGUAUAAAGGGCAGCACAGCAGCUUCCCCACCCAAACAACGUCCUCGCAUAAUUAUAGUGCCCCCCAACGUCACCAACCAACCUCGCGCAACGAUCGACAGAUCGCCGCAGCCAUGUCCAAGAGUCCUGAUCGACUUCCUACUCGCGAGCGGCGUCCCUCGACGAGCGCCCCUAUCUUCGAUAUCCAAGGAUCUGUCGGCCCAGCUGGCAUCUCCCGUCCUAAACACAAGCGGACAUACACGGGUUUUGAUGUUGACGAAAUUAAGAUUGUCCAGGCCUCUAUUCCUGAACCCCAGCGUGAGGCAUGGGCAAGAAACCAUCACAAGGCCUUCCAGACGAAAGAGGACUUCGAGAAGGAAGUCGUGCGCCAUGUCGAGACUACCCUUGCCCGGAGCAUGUUCAACUGUGAUGAGUCGGCUGCCUACUCCGCCACCGGCCUGGCCUUCCGCGACCGCCUUGUGACGCGGUGGAAUCAGACCCAGCAGCGCCAGACCUUCAUUGACAGCAAGCGUGUCUACUAUCUCUCGCUCGAGUUUCUUAUGGGACGCGCCCUCGACAAUGCCAUGCUCAAUGCUAACCUUAAGGACGUUGCCAAGGCGGGUCUCGAUGAUCUCGGUUUCCGCAUUGAAGAUAUCAUUGAGCAGGAGAAUGAUGCCGCUCUGGGAAACGGUGGUCUGGGCCGCCUUGCUGCUUGCUUCCUCGAUAGUCUUGCCACCCUCAAUUACCCAGCAUGGGGAUACGGUCUGAGGUACCGCUAUGGCAUCUUCAAGCAAGAGAUCAUCGACGGCUAUCAAGUUGAGGUUCCAGACUACUGGCUCGACUUCAACCCCUGGGAGUUUCCGCGCCAUGAUGUUACGGUUGAUAUCCAAUUCUUCGGUCAUGUUCAUAAGAUGACGGACAAGAAUGGUAAGCCCUUCUGUCACUGGGAGGCCGGGGAAACUGUCCAAGCCGUGGCGUAUGACAUGCCUAUCCCCGGAUACGACACCCCCUCCACCAACAACCUGCGGCUCUGGUCCAGUAAAGCGGCCAGCGGCGAGUUCGACUUCCAAAAGUUCAAUAGCGGUGACUAUGAAAGCUCCGUUGGCGACCAACAACGGGCUGAGACCAUCAGUGCUGUGCUCUACCCGAACGACAACCUCGAGAGGGGGAAGGAACUUCGGCUCAAGCAGCAAUACUUCUGGGUUGCCGCCUCUCUGUAUGACAUCGUUCGCCGCUUCAAGAAAUCGAAACGCACCUGGAAGGAGUUCCCCGAUCUAGUCGCCAUUCAGCUGAAUGACACGCACCCAACCCUAGCCAUUGUUGAGUUGCAACGGAUUUUGGUGGACCUUGAGAGGCUUAGCUGGGAUGAAGCAUGGGAUAUCGUUACCUCGACGUUUGGCUACACCAAUCACACCGUCCUGCCGGAGGCAUUGGAGAAGUGGCCCGUUACUCUUAUGCAAAACCUCCUUCCGCGUCACUUACAGAUUAUCUACGACAUUAAUCUGUUUUUCCUCCAAGCCGUCGAGAAGAGGUUCCCUCAAGACCGUGACCUACUUAGUCGGGUCUCUAUUAUCGAAGAGUCGCAGCCCAAGAUGGUUCGCAUGGCUUUUCUCGCCGUCGUCGGCUCCCACAAGGUCAAUGGCGUGGCCGAGUUGCACUCCGACCUUAUCAAGACCACCAUUUUCAAGGAUUUUGUCGAGAUCUACGGGCCCGACAAGUUCACCAACGUCACCAACGCCAUCACGCCCCGCCGCUGGCUGCAUCAGGCAAACCCUCGCUUGUCCGACCUGAUCGCAUCCAAACUCGGAGGUUAUGACUUCUUGAAGGAUUUGACCCAGCUCAGCCAACUUGAACUCAGCCUAAACGACAAGGCGUUCCGAAAAGAAUGGGCCGAGAUCAAGUACGCCAAUAAGGUUCGACUGGCCAAGUACAUCAAGGCGACGACGGACGUCAGUGUAAAUCCGACUGCACUCUUUGACGUGCAAGUCAAGCGGAUACACGAGUACAAGCGUCAGCAGCUGAACAUCUUUGGUGUUAUUCACCGGUAUCUCACCCUCAAGGCCAUGUCCCCCGAGGAACGCAAGAAACAGCAACCGCGCGUGUCCAUCUUCGGCGGCAAGGCUGCGCCUGGCUACUGGAUGGCAAAACAUAUCAUUCACCUGGUCAACAACGUUGGCAGCGUGGUGAAUAAGGACGAGGAUAUUGGCGAUCUCCUGAAGGUGAUCUUCCUUGAGGACUACAACGUCAGCAAGGCCGAGAUGAUCAUUCCUGCAUCCGACCUCAGCGAGCAUAUUUCCACCGCGGGGACUGAGGCGUCCGGAACAAGCAACAUGAAAUUCGUUCUCAACGGAGGCUUGAUCAUUGGAACCUGCGACGGAGCAAACAUCGAGAUCACCCGGGAGAUUGGCGAGAACAACAUCUUCCUGUUCGGCAACCUUGCCGAAGACGUCGAAGACCUCCGGCACGCGCACACCUACGGCUCUCAUACCCUUGAUCCGGAGUUGCUCGCGGUCUUCUCCGAGAUCCAAAAGGGCACCUUCGGGGCGCCACAUGACUUUGAGGCACUGAUCUCGGCCGUCCGGGACCAUGGCGACUAUUACCUUGUAUCGGACGAUUUCCAUAGCUAUAUCGAGACGCAGGCGCUCGUCGACGAGUCAUACAGGAACCAGGAGGACUGGGUCACUAAAACCAUUACCAGCGUGGCGCGAAUGGGCUUCUUCAGCAGCGACCGCUGUAUCAAUGAGUACGCCGAAGAGAUUUGGAACAUUGAGCCCCUGCAGGUUGGGUCGGAAUUUCCGCGGUUGAAGAAGCAACAGGGGCUUGGCAGGGAGUCCGGCGGCAGAGGCCACUGA